CAAACCUGCCAGCUGCUUCCUCCCUCUUUACACCAAAUGGCGUUUAGUAAACCCAGCUUUUAUACACUUGUGCAUCCGCAAGUGUUUCUUUUCUUCUUUAUUAACCUAGGAUGCCUGCAAGCCAGUGCUUCAGUGAGAGAGACAGAUGAACUUGCUUUGCUCGAAUUCAAACAAGGGAUAAGUGAUCCACAUGGUAUCUUCAACUCAUGGAAUGAUUCUCUCCAUUUCUGCAACUGGACUGGAAUCACAUGCGGUCGACGCCAUCAAAGAGUCAUCUCCUUGGUCUUAGAAGGGCAGAAUCUGUUUGGAUCCAUAUCACCACAUAUUGGUAACCUCAGUUUUCUCAGGUUGAUCAACCUCCAAAACAACACCUUCCACGGUGAAAUUCCACAGCAAGUUGGCAAGUUAUUUCGACUGCAAGAAUUUCUUCUCGGAAAUAAUUCAUUACAAGGUGAAAUUCCACUCAAUUUGAGUCGCUGCUCCCAACUCAAGAUGAUAUAUUUACAGUCGAAUAAUCUCACUGGAAAAAUUCCAGCAGAACUUGGCUCUCUGAUGAAGCUAGAGAUUAUUGAACUUCGUUAUAACUAUCUGACUGGAGAAAUUCCACGUUCUCUAGGCAACCUUUCAUCACUUACAAUAUUUUCUGCCUUGAAUAAUAAUUUAGAGGGAAAUAUCUCAGAAAACAAUCUUUCAGGUGAAAUUCCUGAAACCAUUGGAGGUUGCUUGAGCCUAGAAUAUCUUUAUAUGCAAGGAAAUUUUUUCCAAGGAACCAUCCCUUCAUCUUUAGCUUCCCUUAAAGGCCUUCAAUAUUUAGAUCUUUCGCGAAACAACUUGUCAGGACAAAUUCCCAAAGAUCUCCAAGAAAUCCCUUAUCUCCAAUACUUGAAUCUUUCGUUCAAUGAUCUUGAGGGAGAGGUACCAGAAAGAGGAGUAUUUACUAAUGCCAGUGCAUUAUCACUGAUUGGGAAUAACAAGCUUUGCGGUGGUGUCCCAGAACUUGGUUUACCAAAAUGCCCUACUAAAAUCUUGAAGAAAGUGAAAUCCCACACUCUUAAGCUAGUGGUUGCAAUUGUUUGUGUGGUUCCAACUCUGCUUUCGAUUCUGAUCUUUUUUCUCAUUCGCUGGAUGAGAAAAUCAAGAACCAAGCCUUCUGUUGCACCCUUAGAAAUGAACCACCUUCUAAAGGUAUCUUAUAAAGACCUUUAUCAAGGAACGGAUGGAUUCUCUUGUAGCAAUUUAAUUGGUUCAGGUGGCUUUAGCUCUGUGUAUAAAGGAUUUCUACCUCAAGUCCAAACACCAGUAGCUGUUAAGGUCCUCAACCUCGAGCAAACGGGUGCCAUUAAGAGCUUCAUGGCUGAAUGCAAUUCGCUGGGGAAUAUAAGGCAUCGAAAUCUUGUUAAGCUCGUAACAUGUUGCUCCAGCUUAGAUUACAAAACAAAUGCAUUCAAGGCUUUAAUUUUUGAAUAUAUGGGGAAUGGAAGCCUAGAAAAGUGGCUGCAUCCAUGUGCAGAAGGUGAAAAUCAGAAAAGAAGCUUGAACCUUCUUCAAAGACUCAAUAUCGCCAUUGAUGUAGCAUCAGCAUUGCAUUAUCUACAUGACCUCUGUGGAAAGCCUAUCAUUCAUUGUGACCUGAAACCCAGCAAUGUUCUUCUUGAUGAUGAAAUGGUUGCUCAUGUAAGUGAUUUUGGUCUAGCAAAACUCUUCUCAAUCAACAGCAAUUUAUCUCUGAGUCAAAUCAGCACAACUAGAAUCAAUGGAACCGUUGGUUAUGUUGCUCCAGAAUAUGGAAUGAGUGGCAUAGCAUCGAAAGAAGGAGAUGUUUAUAGUUAUGGAAUUCUUGUGCUAGAGAUGUUCUCAGAAAGAAGACCAACUGAUGAAAUGUUUAAAGAGGGAAUAAAUCUCCAUAAUUUUGUAAAGGCAGCAUUGCCAAAAAGACUUUUACAAAUUGUGGAUCCAACCCUUCUCCCUAAAGAAAUAGCAAAUGAAGAAUGUGAUGAUGAUGCCACCAUGGAAGCAGAAGAAACCAAUCACCAUCAGAACUUGAGCCAGGUUACAACAAAUCUGAGACAAUGCCUAGUUUCAAUGCUUGAAAUUGGAGUUGCAUGUUCAAUGGAAUCACCAAUGGAACGAAUGAAUAUGGCUGAUGUCAUGAACAAGUUGCAUUUGAUAAAGAAAACUUUUCUGAAUAUUCAGAUGGAGGGUGAUUGAGAGGUAAAAAGAGCAUAGAGCAGUGAGUAAUUUUCUUUGAAGACAUAUUCAGAUCAGCUCCAGGUAUAUCAUAGGUAUACCCAUGUAUAUAGGUUUUGAUGUAUGCAUGUAAUAAUAUGUAUGUAAAUUAUUUGAGCAGUUGUAUAAAAACUCUUGUAAAAUAUUUUGGUAUGUAAUUAAAUGUAAAUUAUUGUAAAUGUAAGUUUGGGAUUUUAUUUA